AUGCUGGCCAUGGCCCCGCCCUCCUCAGCCCAGGAGAUGAUCUCCGGCUCACCCCCCGCCAGCAGCUACUACGUGAGCCUGGGCCUCUUCGUGAUCACCAUCCCCGGGCUGUGGUCCCUCAUAAAGAGGGCCCCCCGCGCCACAGUGAAGCGAAAGGUGUUUCAGGUGGACGGCCCGGCGGUAGAGGGUGCCAUGGCCCCAGGGGCGCGGGCCCGCCAGAUCCUGGAGUACUUCAUGCGCUACAACUACGAGGUCAAGGACAUGGGCGAGGUCAUCACCUUUGAGGGCAAUUACCGUGCCAGUGCAGGCCAGGCUGCGUCGCUGGUGGCCUACACAUCCAUUGGCCUGGCCAGCACCUCCCUGGUGCUCUCCAUCGCCGCGCCCUGGGGAGGCAGCUGGUGGUAUGCGCUGGUCCUGGCCAGCCCGGCGGCGGGAUGGUACUACUGGAAGAACGCUUUCAGGACGGAGCAGAUGCGGGUGAAGAUGGUGACGGCCGAUGACCAGUCCACCACCGACAUCGUGGUGGAGGGGGACCAGGAGGAGAUCGAGCGCUUUUACAAGGAACUGGGCCUGACGGAGAAGGGCAAGAUCUAUGUCAAGGGCGUGCUGGAGUGA